AUGGCUGAGAGUGGUCAAGAAACAUCAAUGUCAGCUUGUCGCUGUGUUCAGUGCAUACAAAACUGGACAACUCAAAGUUCUGCUUUAAGAGUUAAUACUGUGACAACAAACCAAAGAAGAUCUUCUUAUCCUGUGAAUUCAUACACGUAUUCAGCUGCUUUAACUUUUAUAGGUUCUCCUAAUCAUUUGUACAAUGAAUACCCUUCUGGAUCAUUCCAGACUCAAAUGAGUUCCUAUGUGCUUCCAUCAUACGCAACACCAAUCUUCAGAAAUACUUAUGGUCAGAUGUAUAAUGACACAUACUCUAGACCCAGCCCAGCAAGAGGACCAGCGGAGAUAAGAUUCUACACGCCUUCCUCCAGUAGGACGUGGUCAUCACCAGACACAUUUGAAGGUCUGCAUAGACAGACCACACCUGAAACAGUAGCCUUAUCUGAUCCAAAUAAUUGGAUAUAUAGGAUCAAUUACUUUAUACCAUCUGAAACGAGGACCUCAACAAGUGCCCCUCAGUGGAUCAACAACACGAUGCCGUUAAACGAUCUGACAGAGAUUCGUCAGACACUGGAUGUGAUCUCAAGUGAGUCAACAUUUCCAACACAGCUGUCAUCUACGCCGUCCAGCAAUUUACUAUCUUCAAAUAAUCCACCUUCCUUGAUGUCUAGCAAUGCACCAAACAGCGGGUCAACAUUUCCAACACAGCUGUCAUCUACGCCGUCCAGCAAUUUACUAUCUCCAAAUAAUUCACCUUCCUUGAUGUCUAGCACUGCACCAAACAGUGGGUCAACAUUUCCAACACAGCCGUCAUCUACGCCGUCCAGCAAUUUACUAUCUUCAAAUAAUUCACCUUCCUUGAUGUCUAGCACUGCACCAAACAGUGGGUCAACAUUUCCAACACAGCCGUCAUCUACGCCGUCCAGCAAUUUACUAUCUUCAAAUAAUUCACCUUCCUUGAUGUCUAGCACUGCACCAAACAGUGGGUCAACAUUUCCAACACAGCCGUCAUCUACGCCGUCCAGCAAUUUACUAUCUUCAAAUAAUCCACCUUCCUUAAUGUCUAGCACUGCACCAAACACAUCUCAGUUAUCUCUAAAUAUCACAUCGGCUACAGUUCAAGAGUCUUCCAUAGAUUCUAGCAAUCAAUUUACAUUUCAAUUUAAUAAUAAUACCAAUGAACUAAUGGCUAGUGCUAUGGAUUACACUGAAGGAAACAGUGAAUCAGAAACAGAAAUUGAUAGAAAUUUACCAGAAGAAGUUUCCAUGCCUGAGAAGGAAAUUAUCGAUCGUCGGAAGCAGCUCUGUCCUCACAACGAUACGGACGAAUGUGAUGAUGACUGUCCAUAUAGGCAUGGCCGCCUUUGUCAUCUGUGCCUUACACAUAGAUUAAAUCCUUAUAAUCCAGAAUUACAUGCUGAUCUUCUCACCGAUCCUGCCACUCUCAAUAGGUGGCAGAGGCAAUAG